AUGGCUGCAGCUGGGUUAGCACAGUAUCUGUCCCAUCGUCUGGUUCCUAGGACUCUCCAAACCCGGCUACUAUACAGAAAGGACAAACCUGGCUGUUGUCACUACUACAGGGCAGCAAUCUGUAAGAAGCUGAAGGAACCCUUGACUAUUGAAGAAGUCCCCCCUCGUCCUAUCCAGCCUGAUGAGGUCAGAGUUGAUGUCCAUUUCUGUGGGGUUAACUUUGCGGACAUCUUGACCUGCCGAGGGCAGUAUCAGGAGAGUCCAUCACUUCCCUUCACACCUGGACUAGAGCUUGCAGGACAGGUAAUGGAGACGGGCACGAAUGUCAGCACAGUGAAAGAGGGAGAUAGGGUCAUUAGUGUGACUAACUUUAAUACCAUGGCUGAACAAUGCAUUGUUGAUCAGAAGGAAGUGUGGCAGAUUCCAGAAGGAGUCUCCUACCAAGAAGCUGCUGCCCUUCCUGCAUGUUAUGGCACUGCCAUGUUGGCUUUGGAGCAUCGGGCACAGACACAGCCUGGGGAAACUGUUUUGGUGACAGCAGCAGCUGGAGCCACAGGACUUGCCUCGAUAGAUGUAGCAUCAAACAUUCUCCAGGCCAAGGUGAUUGCAGCUGCUGGAAGUGAUGAGAAAUGCGAGCUGGCACUGCAGAGAGGGGCGAAGUCCGCUGUGAAUUACAGUCAAGGCAACCUGAAGGAGGAACUGAAGAAGUUAACAGGCGGGCAGGGGGUCAAUGUAGUCAUUGAAGCUGUGGGAGGCGAAGUCUGCCGGGCGGCACUCCACAGGUGCAUUGAAGUCACCAUUUGGGAGGGACUGGAAUGGUGGUGA